CGGGACAACAUUGACGACCGCCAAACCCGUAUUUUUAAUAUAAUAAAAAUGUAAUAUUACGACGUCGACAUAAUAAUAAUAUGAUGCUGCCGAACGGUAUGUGUUGGAGAACGGACGACGCAGUAAACGUUUAACAGGUACUCGUAAAUCUCGGUCGGGAACUGCAUCGGAAAAAAAGGGUAAUUUACAACGGUACCGAUGGCGCCCAGAAGCACUCUUAGUAGGAACGAUAAUUCUAUGGCGGAACGGCGAUUGAGACCGAUUUAUGAAUGGAUAGACAAUGGAAAUUAUAAAAAGGCCUUGCACGAGUUGGACAAAUUAAUUAAAAAAUUACCCAGUCAAAAUUGUUCCAAAGCACUGAAGAGCUUAACAUUAGUUCGACUUGGAAAAGACCAAGAGGCGGUAACAUUGUUGAAAGAAGUUAGAGAGUGCAAGCCAUCUGAUGAAUCAACAUUACUUGCGUUGACAGCGUGCUAUAGAGAACUUAAAAAACCCCAUAUGGUAUGUGAAGUAUAUGAGGAUGCUUUAUUACAAGAUCCAGUCAACGAAGAGUUAUUAUCAAGUCUUUUCAUGUCCUAUGUCCGUGUUUGUGAUUAUAAAAAACAGCAACAGACUGCAUUAGCUCUCCAUAAAGUUAAACCAAACAACCCAUAUUAUUUUUGGGCUAUAAUGAGUAUUGUUAUGCAGGCAUAUCAAGCAAAUGAUGAAAUAUCAAAAAGAAUUACUUUACCAUUAGCAGAACGAAUGGUACAAAAAUAUAUUAACGAAGACAAAAUUGAUGCUGAACAAGAAAUUCAAUUGUAUUUGAUGAUUUUAGAUAUGCAGAAAAAAUACAAAGAAAGCUUAGAUAUUCUUAAUGGACCACUUGGUGAUAAACUACAUCGAACUGUUGGUCUAACACGAAAGAAAAUUGAUAUUUACUUUGAAUUGGAAAUGUAUGCUGAAGCAAACUCAUACCUAAAAAGUUUACUACUUAAAGAUAUAGAUUCAUGGAUUUACUACACUAAAUAUUAUGAUUCAUUAUUUAAAAUAAUUGAAUCUAAGGAUAAGUACUUAAACUGCAAUGGCAAUAUUGAUUGUGUACCACACUUUGAUUCGUCUAUUGAAGAGGCUUUGUUGUUUCUAAAUGAAUUGCAAAAGUUAAAUUCUGAACAAAACUAUCCUCAAAGAGGGGUAUACCUUGCUCGCCUUGAAUUAUAUUCUAGAUUAAAAGAAAAUGCUUAUAAAUAUAUGGGUGAUGCUAUCAAUCUUUUAAUUGAAUAUUUUAAAAUAUUUGGACAAAAGCCAUGUUGUUUUUAUGAUCUAAGACCAUACAUGUCACUUUUAAAAGAAGAAUUACUUGAUGAGUUUUUGAGGGUAUUGGAUGAAAUUGUUAAUUUAAAAGAAGGAGAGUUCCCAAAAACUAAACCUCAAAUGGAAUGUUAUUUAUCAUUUCUCCAACUAGCUAGACAUGUUGGAAUUCAUGACCUCAUGAACACCGAAGAAAAAUUAAAACUUGCUGAUCGCUUACUAAGAUGUUAUCACAGAUGUGAGAUAUUUAAUAAUAGCAAAAGAUCUUCAGAAAUAAUGGCAAAUGAUACUUUUGUUAUAAUGAUGGCACAUUUAAUGUAUGAUAUUUGGGUUGAAAACAAUAGACUCACAUAUAUAAGGGAAGCAACCGUUGUACUUGAGUAUGCGUAUGCUCUAAGUCCCUCAAACUUCCAUAUAAAAUUGUUAUUAUUAAAAUUUUACCAUAUGUUAGGCGCUUCUGAUGCAUCAAAUUUAGCAUAUAUAAAUUUAGAAAUAAAAAAUACUCAAUUGGAUUCAUUAGGUUAUCUACAUACUUUUCAAAUGUUCAACGAAGGUCGUUUCCAGAAUGCAUCUAAACUGUACGCUACGACUGUCAGAUUCUUCUCACAUAACUAUCGAGAGGUGGCUGAUCAUUUAACAAUAUCAUACAAGUUUGGAUCUUUUAUCAAAAUUAUUGAAUUUGUGGAAUUUAGAGAAAAACUAAAAUAUUCUAUUCAUAAUUCUAUGUGUAUUAUCGAAAACUAUUUCAUUUCGUUACUUGAUGUUGAUAAUUUGGAAGAUUGUUUAGAGAUUGUAUUAAAAAUGAAUGACGUGCCUGAAAUUGCUUCAAAAUCACAACUCAAAAAAAUGAUAAAUAACCGUGACUAUUCAGUUCUAAUCAACUACAACCCUCCUACACGAUGCUUAACUACAGAACAUGCAAAUCAAAUAUUUUCUCAUGAUUUGCGUUUAUUAGAAAUCCGUGCUGUCUUAUUAAGUUGUAUUUAUUAUAGUGCAAGAAUGUUAAAACAGUUUAGUGCUCAAAAUAUUAGGUCAACUUCUGAAGUAAAUGAUCUUAAUCCUGAUGAUGACCAUCUCAAUUCAAAUGACUUAGAACAAUUGGAUUUUCAUUUGAAAAGUCUGAAAAACUUAAACAUUCAAUUGGAAAGUGAUCCUCCAGUUCCAGUUCCUAAUAAUGUAUUUGGAAGUUUUUUUGGAUCUAAGUUAUUUGGUUUGAAUAAAUCUAAGCGUAUGUUGACCAUUGUCAUCAACUUUGUUGAACUGAUACAAACAAUAGGAUCAGAUGUAAAGAAUUGCGUUCCUACAGAUGAUGAGUGGACUACUAAAAUGAAAACUAACGCUAAUGAUCUAACCAUUGCUUUUGAAAAGUCAAUUACUAAUUGUAAACUUGUAAUUUCAAAAACAAUUAAUGAAGUAGAUUCUAGUCUAAAAUUAGAAGGAAGAAAAGAAGUAUUAGAAAUACUUACAAACAUGAUAGAUAGUUUGAACAUUUCAUGCGUAUUUCUUUCCUUGGCAACAUACUUUAUAAAAAGUUUUCAAACCAGAAUAAUUUCUGAUCCAAAAAAAAUUAAAGCAAAACGAAAAACUCAUUCAACUUCCUAUAAUUCUGAGGCUCAAUAUAAAGGUAAAUCAGAAAUUUUACGUGAGGUUGUGAAAACUGUUCAAAAUAGCACUAGUCAAGUACUUGUUAGUGUAAAGAAUGUAGAAGAAGCAUGGAAUCGUAUGGGAUGUGGCAAUUCCAAUGCCUUGAUGUUAAAAAAACAUGAUGCAGAUUAUACAGUUAAUGAUACUGAUGAAGGAAAAGAAGCUGACAAAAUAAGACAGAUCACAGCUGACAGGUGGCGACAGUUAGUGGAUACUAUUGAUAAGAAGAUAGGUGACAGUUAUAGUGGAGCGUUAGAUGAGAUGGUAAAACUAUUAAUUAAGAAACAAACACAAAUCAACAAACUACCAGUAUUUUAAAUGGUAAUUUAUAAUUUUAAAUUCUUAAUGUGUAAAUAUUUUAUAUUUAUUACAAUAAAUCGAUACCUAAAAUUAUAUGAAAAUGAAAUUGUGCUUUGGGUUUUAGUUUAUGUGUCUACUAUUUACUAAUUAACCUUAACAUUUAAAGGUACAACAUUGUAUAAAAACAUUAUUUAAUACUAAUUAAUUUAUAUAACUUCACUAUACCAAAACUUUCUAAAAUAUACAUUGAUUUACAUUUUUCUGAACCAGACUAUCAAAAAAUACAAUUAUAUACAAGUUAAGACUAUUUAUUGACUUUGGUUAUUAUAUUGUAGUAAAUUAUUACUAUGUAAAAUCUUAAGUCUUAUAAAUAAUAACUUUAAUUAUUUAAUAAUUCAGUCAGAAUUGUAUAUGAGUAAACAGAAAAAAUAUUUUGCUACAAUAGAAACUGCUAUCUAGAUGUCUCAUAUAUAUUGUUAAGAUUGAUUUACUAAGUUAAUAAAUAACUUCAGUAAGCCUCAAAGUAUAAAUAUUCAAGGCCUGUAUGGUAGUUUUUGUGUGUAAAAAGUUAUAUAUAUCUAAAUUUUAUGUUUUCUAUUUUUUCACUAGCUUAUAUUUCAGAUUUUUACUUCUAUAAUUUAUCAUAUGUUAUCUUAUAUAACUUAUAUAUUAUCAAGUUUCUUUUUCGUUCCAAUAUAGCUAUGUGGCUAAAUCAUAUUUAGUAUAAACUACAAAUUAUCCAGUAAAAAAUUUACAUUUUAAAUACUCAGUUAACUUUCAAAGUAAUCAAAUUAUUUUUUUAAUUUUGAUUGUACGAAGAAAUAUCUUGCUUAUUAUUGUUAGUUCUGAUAGUAGAUUGGCAAGUUUCUAUUCAGUAUCUUUACUAAGCUUUGUUAACAAAUCUGUUAUAGUGUUACAUAUUAUUAUAAUGUCUCAAUCAUGACUUAUAAUUGAUACAUAUGUUAAAAUUAGUUAAACUUGUAUUUUUAGUUUUUAUCUGACAAAAUAAUAAUUAUGAUAUUUCUGUAUACCAAGAAUACAAAUAUUUCCAACCCAACAAAUAACGAACAAAAAUGUAUUAUUAUGAAAAUGUUUUUAUUACUCUUUUAAUAUAUAUGUAUGUAUAUUUUAUUACAAUGUUUUGUACUUAAGAUUGAAUUUUAAAACAGGUUGAUUUAAAGAGUUUUAAUAUAUCAUCUAUAUAUCAUUGAAAUUUACAAAUUGGUAAAAUAAAAGGACUAAUUACUAUACUAAUAAUUUAGAUUAAUUAUGCUUUUAAAAAAUUAACUUGUUUAAAUUAAAUCUCAUUCUUAUUCUACACUAGCUGUCCCGUCUGGCGUUUUUUAAAAAUAAUAUAUUUGUUAAAAUAAUGUAUAUGCCAUUUUCUAUUAAUUAUAAUAAUAAUAGGUAUAAUACUACCUAUUUAUAUGUAACUAAUGGCGACCACCAUAUAAAUUAACAAGAAAUCGAGGCCAAAAACGUGACAAAUUGAUACAUGAUUUUACCUCAUCUGCCGGAGUACCCAAUAAUAACUAUUUCUAUACAAAAAACUAUAGUACGCUACUCGAUAUUUUUCCUCUACAGUGAAAAUCUAUGAAUCAUAAAUAUGUUUUUAUUAACAAGUACCUAAUCAUGACAACAAAAAACCUUACAAAAAAAAUCUUGUAUCAAGCCCAAAAUAAUAUUUAUUUCUACUACUAUCACUAUUUAUAAUAUGUUAGAUGACAACCAUUUAUAAACAGAAAAAAUAUUUCAAUCCUUGUGUGAGCACUUCUUUCCAAAAACUUUUCCAAUUUUUCUUUCCUUAAAAACUUAAUUUAGACUAUGACAAAUAUUUUUAAAAAAAAACAGACCAAAUCUCAAGUGACAAAAAACAUUUAAUUUUUAUUAUAAAGAUUAUUUAUUAUUAUUAUAAAAAAAAAAAUUAACAAUCAAUAUACUAUUUAUUUUGACAUUUGUUUUGCUAAUAAAACUAAUAUUUAAUGUAGGUAUUCUUUACAACAUUAUUCAAUUUCAAAAUAAAAAAUCUUUGUGAUACAUUAAAACCGUAGAAUAAAACAGAACACCAAGUAUUUAAAUUGUAUAAAACAAUUUAUAUUUAAGUUUUUAAUAACUUACUAAGUCCAACCACAUGAAAAUUAUUUCUUAGUUUGUUUUAUACAGUCAAUAUUUUUUCAAUUAACUAAAUAAUUGAAUUUGUUACAUUUUUUGUUGUUGAUUGAUUAUUGAAAAUUUACAAAAAAUAGGUACCUUCAGUGGUGUUCAAAUUGUUCUACAAGUAUUAACAGUUGGAAAUAUUUAGGUUACUCUUGAAAUUUAACAGACUGCAAUUAAUGUUACUGAUUGUAAUGGAAUAAAAAAAGUAAAAAUGAUACUAUUACUUUGAUUUAUAAAUGUUUAUAUAGUAUAUAUCAUUUUUACAAACUCUUUGUACAUAAACAUUUAUGUCAAAUUUAAUUUAUAAUGUUUCUAUAAUAAGAUUAAUAUUAUGUAUGAAGUAUACAUACAUAUGAACUGAAUAGUAAAAUAUAAAUAUAUUAUAAACAUAAUACCUAUAUGUUAAGUACUUUGUAUUAAUUAAGUUAAAUUUGUAAUAUAAACGGUUUUUAUGCGAUUUAACAGUUUUGUUCACCAAUUACUUAUUGUUAUUUGUUUGUGUUUACCAAUUAUUUUUUUUUUAUACAUAAUAUAUACAAUAAAUUUAUGUUAAAAUAAAUAAAGUAAAAUAUGUGACUAUUUUA